AUGGGCUAUUCAUAGAUAAUUUUAACAUCACCUUUACAUUAAACCUUAAGCAAUUCAACUAUUACUUUGGAUUAAGUAUUACCUGCAAGAUUAGAGAACUACAUGAUGGUUGCCAUUGAAUAAGAGUAAAAUCUCCCAAAAUACAUUUCAAAUUUGUCACUCACUGAAAUUUUCAAUCAAAUUCAGUAUGAUCAAAUACUUCAAUAUGCAAAGCCUCUGGUGAUCGAGCAGAAUGAUCAAAAAUAAUAUCAAAUUAUAAACUUACAAUCUAAUAGACAAAUAGGAUUCCAAUAGAAAAAAACAGAUGGAUUGCUAUCCAACUAGAUUUUCAAUAGUAAGAUCAACAAUACUAGAUCAAUCAGUCCAUAACCUAUUAGUGCAAUAUUCAAUAAGACCUAAACCGACACAUAAUCUUAAAUUCCUGUCGUGUAAGCAGAAUCUUAAUUUAAAAAUGAUUAAUUUAUGAACUUUAACCCAAAUUAAUCUUAUCUUAGUAGCAAUAGUAUAUUGAAUGAUACACCUUUAUAGUAUGAGUUCAAUAAAUGGAGUGACAAAUCCAAAGAAAAAAUAUUGUUUCAGGACCAUUUUAAUGUAGUGGAAGAUGCUACAAAGUAGGCGAAAUCAAAUAAAAUAAUAAUUAACAAAAGCGAAGAUCCUUAAUUUUUUUAAUAAUUGAAAAAUGCUAGAGUUGCAUCUCCGAAAUUGAGAUAAAUUAAGGGAUCAGGCUUAUCACCAGAAACAUAUCAUAAAAAUAAAUCUAAAUCUCCUGAGGUUCUAUAAGUAAAUUUGGCACAUUAUUGUAAAAAAUGGGAAAUCACUUAGAAUACUAAAUAAUAAUAAUAUUAAGUUCAAAAGAAACUACCUGAAUAAUUUAAACAAUUAUUAACUGACAGUACUAAAAGAUAAAAUAUUAGUAAACCUUUUGAUUAAAAUAAUACUAAAUUUGCUCUUAUUUAAUGUAAAUCAACUGCUCAAAUGAAAAAUACUAAACUACCCAAAUUACUAGAAUAUUUAGAUUCUACGACUGAAAAUCAAAUGAAUGCUAUUAAAAGUGAAAAAACACUUACUCCUAGAAUUGCUAACUAAUAAGAUUAUAUUAAUUAUAAUAUUUAGAUGAUGUUAAGUGAAUAACAAUCACUCCCAAAAAGUAGGAGCCAAAAUAGAAAAUAGGAUGAAAUAUUGAAUGAGAAUAUUCAACAUCAGAAUUUCAAUUUUAGAGAUUAGUUUUCGUUUAAACCGUAAUUUGAAUAGAAAUAUCAGGAAUUCGAAGUUAAAUAGGAAAUACCUCAACAAAUUUAAGUUUAAUAAGUUGUCGAAUCAAAGUCAAUUAGAGCUAUUUCUCCUUCCAAUAGAUUAAUUCCACAGUAAUUUAAGCAAUAAUCGGCAAUCAUCCAAUAACCUCAAGUACCAUCUAAUCAACAGAAGGAACCCAUAUAGAUACAAUUAGAUAUCAAAUAGUUCAUGAAUACAAACAGACCGAAAGAUCAAUAGUAAUAUAUCAGUUCGAUAUGUAGUUAGAGAUAAUAAAUAGGUAAUUUAUAAAUUAAGGUAGGAAUGACUAAUGAGAAUGGUAAAUCUUAUUUUGUCAAUGUUAAUUUUAGAAACGAAUGA